GUGUGGACAGAGAGAGAGAGAGAGAGAGAGAGAGAGAGAGAGAGAGAGAGUUUCCAGGAUUGAUCAAGACUACUUUCAGUGCCUCUUUGUGCAUUUUAGGGGAAUGGACAGCAGGAUGGCACAGACGUUGACUUUCUUGAUGUUUGCGGUCCUGAAUGCUCUGAGCUGUCACAGUGAGGUGAGGGCCAGGGACCCUGACGUGGAAGAAGAAGAGACACUGGGGCAUGGAAGGACACAGCGAAUGCCUGGCACAUUUGGGACAACUCACCUACCCAUCCCACAUGACCAUCGUCAUCCCGGCACCCCGAUCUCGAUGGCUUCUGCUGGUACACCUCAAAACUCUGCGAACCCCAUAAGAGAGAGGGUACAUCCAUCUACACAUAGAGGAAACUGGUGUGCGUAUGUGAAUCAUCGUGUCGUCACCAAAGCUGUACUGUGUACUGAGACCCAGAAAGUGAAAUCAGUAAACCCCUGUCCUGAUGGGGCUCCAGACUGCCAAAACAUCAUGUAUAGGUUGUCCUCACUGCCUGUGUACAAACAAAAGCAGACUACGCUCUCCUCACUGCAUUGGCAGUGCUGCCCGGGAUAUAGAGGACACAACUGCUUGGAGAAAGAAGAUAAGGACCAUGACUCAAAGUCUAAACAGGACCAGUUAAAAAGCCAAAAUUCUGGAACAACUAAGGUUAAUGACAACGAUGACCCAGAAGAAAAAAUCCUGACUGACCAGCUAGAGGAUGUAGGUUGGGAUGAGAAAUCGGACCAGCAGCCUCCUAUCCACGAUCCUUCACCUCCUGUUGAACCUCAUCACAGCCCUGUUGGUGCCAGAGAUGGGAUCCCUACCUCUCACCCUUUGCCAAUACUCGAUUCAUCCAUUCUACUAUCCAUGCAACAGUUAAUGUCAAUUAUGAUGAGUCAACUUCAGCCAGUCCUGGAAAGCUUCAAUCAAACACUGCAACGUCUGUCCGGCGAGGUGGACGCGCUGUCUCGAGACGUGCAGCAGUUGCGGUUGGAAAAGCAUGCGGAGAGCAGGACUGAAGCUCACGGUGGAGCUAUUGAAGAGAAAUUAGAGUACAGCUAUAUGCAGAUCAGUCAGAUGAAAGCUCAACUAGACACACAGAAAGAUCAGAUGGAGAAGGCGUUACAGAUCCAGCAAGAUCUUCUACAGCAGAACCUAACCAAGCUGAAGGAGGAGAUGGAUGAUCAGAUCAGUCAGAGCCAGGAUGUACAGUCCCUAUUUGUGUUGGUUGAGGAAGUAAGAAAUGAACAGAAGAGGCUGGAAGGGACACUGCGGAGAGAACGUAUGGAGGAAGGCCAGCCAGCGCUGGAGUCAAGAGUGUGGGAGGCCAUCGCUCGCCUGGAUAAGGAGGCGCUAAAAUACUCGGCACAGCUCAACAGCUUGUCUGAGACCUCUGAAGACAAUGCUAGAGCCGUCCAAGACCUUCGAGGAGAUCUACUGAAACUGGCCAAGAAAUUAGAAGAGUUCAAAAAGGACUCGGAGGUCCAAUUUGCAGAAACGGGUUUGGAGAUGGAGGCCACUCGCGUCAGGGUGCAAAACAGCAUUAGCGAGCUUCGAGCUAACCUAAGUUCACACGAAGGCCAGCUUAGAGAGAUAGAGCUAGAUAUGGACAACAUAUAUCAUCAACUACAAAGAAAUGAUUCGACGAUUGCAGAGCAAGCCUGUAACUGCGAGUCGAUCACCGAUUCCAUGCUGAGGUUAGAAAUGGAGGUGGGCAACGUGACACGUUUAGUGAGAACAAACCAGUUUGCAGUUGAAGAUGCAGAUGCAGAGGUGGAGAGGAAUCAGGCUCGAUGGGUGACGGAAGUGGAAGAUCUUCAUCAGGGUUUGCUGACUAUGAAAGAAUCAUUGGCCUUUGAACAAGGUAAAAGCAGGGUUAUAACCAACAAUCUAUCCCAGCUAAAAGCUUCACUUCUGGAAAGCCAACAGGAGAUCCGUGAUCUGAAAAAGAAAGAUGAGGAGAAGUCGGAGGAAAUUCAAGGCCUGUCGGCCACCUUCUCUUCUCUUCUGAGCGAUGCCGUACGCCACUCCGAGGCCCUGGAGGUGAUACUAGGAGAGGAGGUCUUGGAAUUCACCAAGUGGUCACAAAGCCAACAGAAAGAGCUCAGCAUACCAAAUCUUUUAGAGAAAAUGCACUUGAUGCAGCAAAAAAUUGAAAGCCACAAUAAGUACCUAGCUUCUCUUCGGAAAAAGCAUCCUGAAGAAAGUGAGAUGCAUAGUGAUGACCCCGUGCCAUAUUCAGACUGGACCAGCGCGAAGAACCAAGUGGGUAGUGAUCAGGAUUCAUUGGACCCGUCUACUGGAGAGGAUGAAGAUGUGGACUACUCAGUCAGUGACUUCUGGACUCUAGGAAAAGAGGUGGAGCAAUUGGCAGGCCGAAUAAACUUGCUGGAGGAACGUUGUGGCAACUGCACCGAGACCCCUGGUGGUUCGGUUGUAGAACUGCAGGCAGAUAUAACAUCACUACGGCAGAGCCUGGAGGAUCAUUUAGGAACAUAUGAAAAACUAUUCAGUAAUACAGAAGAACUAGUCAGCUCUGCAAGAAGCCUAAACCUGGAUGAAGUUUGGAGGAUGGUUAGGAAGAAAAACAAGAAGGACAGAAAGCAACUCCACAGCCAAAAACAACAAAUAGAGAGAGUACACAAUAACUCUUCCAGUAGGCGAAGCAAACGACAAACAGGACAUGCUUUAUUACCACAUUCCCCCGUGGUGUUCGUCGCAAGCCUGGACCACAGAACAGGGCCUAAAGGGGAGCUCACAUCGAGAAACGUGGAUGUAAACCACGGUGGUUCUGUCAGUCCUUCCUCACAGAUGUUUCGGGCCCCUGAGGCUGGACUUUAUCUCUUCCUAGUGACAUUAGACUUUCAGAGGGGCCGUUCAUUGGCUGUGCUGCACCGCAGUGGAGUCCCAGUGGCCUCUCUCAGACAGGAAGAAGGGGGGACGGUGAGUCGAGUCAUCCUGCUUGAGCUUCGACAAGGGGAGACGGUCACGUUAGAAUUGAUGCGUGGAUCAUUACGUCAAGGACAACCUGGGGUUAACAACACACUGUCUGGACUGUUACUCUAUAUUACAGAGCACGAGGAUCUGCUGUAAAGAGGACUGAGUGAGAUAAGAGGGUGUGUGUGCGUGCGUGUGUGUGUGUUGUGCGUGUGUGGGGGGUUACGUAAGCAAGCACGACGAGCAGGAUCAUCACCACCAGACAUAUGACGUAAACAUGUAUUCUUCUUUUGUAUUAGAUGUGGACUGGCUAUGUAGUAACAUUUUAGUUACAUGCAGACAAUUGUAAUAUAAUCUACGAACAUUAAUGCAAACAUAAAAAUCAUUGCAAACAUGUUUUUAAACCUGGUCUCAAAAGGAAAUUUUAUGAGUUGGCUAAUUUUUAUGAAUUCGUACAAAGUGAAUCGUAAGCAAGUCAUACAAAAACGUUCGAAUGUGGUCGAUUAUGUACGAAUAUCCAUGAUAUUUUGGUUUUAUUAUUUUAACUGGGGAAGAUGAAGCAUGUUACACGAUUAAAAGCACAGUACAGAAACCGGUCA